UCAAACCCCUAAACCUCAAUUCGUAAACCCAAAGAUGGAAUCAAAAGAGCAUUCUACUUGCAAGAGAUUAGCAACACAACAGGAUAUCAAUAAUUUGUAUCUUCCUAAUGAAAUUCUUGAAAAUAUAAUCUCAUUCUUGCCUCUCAAGGAAGCUAUAAAGUUCGGAAUUUUAUCGAAAAGAUUCGAAGAAUCUUGGCUCUACAGCCGCAACCUAAACUUUGAUCGAGUUCUCGUUACGGGUCAAAACAGGAAAAAUUUAGCAAAGAUCGUUAACAAAGUUUUUGAUUACCAUUUACGUCCAGAAAUUAAAAGCUUCAGUUUAUGUAUUAAAGAAAAAUAUGCCGAUAAAUCAUCGGUUGAGAUAUGGGUAAAAAAAGCCAUGCAGAAAGGUGUUGAGGAGCUUGAUUUAGAUUUUUUUCCGCAUAUUAUAGAAAAAGAUCAGCAUUGUUUUUCUGCUGAUUUGUUUGAUUUUGAAUCUUUGAGAGUUUUAAAGCUUACUAAUUGUAGUAUUAAUAUCAAGCUUCCGUCAAAAUUUAAUUUCUUGAAAACUCUUGUUCUUAGGCUUGUUCAUGUGAAAUUAGAGAUGGUGGAUGCAUUGUUUUCAAGCUGCAAAUUGCUAGAGAAUUUAGGGUUUGAUGAAUGUACUGGUUAUUUGCGGAUAUCUGCAGGGUAUUUAAAGACAUUUAAGGAGUUAAACAUCAUAAAUUGUGAUGUGAUUCAUAUUGAUGUUAGAUAAUGCAAACAAUUAUACGAGUCACGA